AUGAUCCCCCGCAGCAGCCAUCCAUCUAGAUCCCCCACAACCAACCCCUCCUGUCAUUCCAGCGUCUCAAACCCACCCGGCCACAAUGUCCCUCCUCCUCCCACGCACCCUCCGCCCUCUCCGCACGCUCCAAUUCCGCCCCCGCCCACCACAAUCAUCCCACUACAGCAGCACCACACCCCCACCACCCCGCACCAACAAGCCACUCGCCCUCGCCGCCGCCGCCGCAACCCUCACAACCCUCGCCGCCGCCACCUACACCACCACCCCCCCACCCCCCGCACCCUCAACCCCCACACCUUCACGCCCUACACCCUCACCACCAAAACGCCCAUCACCACCUCCACCUCCACCCCCACCCCAACCAGCAUCUUCACCCUCACCCUCACCCCCACCACCCCCUCCCCACCCCCGCCACUCCCAUUCACAACCGGCAUCCUCUCCCUCCAGAUAAAGCAGCCCCAACUGCAAAUUGCCCGCUCCUACACCCCACUCCCACCCCACGACAACGGCACAAUCAGACUCCUCAUCAAGAAAGAGCCCGGCGGCGAGAUGUCGCGCUACCUAUACAGCCUCCCUGAAGGCGCCACGGUCGAGCUACGCGGCCCGCAGAUAGACUACGCAUACACGCCGCGCGACCUAAGCGGCGAGCGCAAGGUCGUUUUCAUCGCUGGUGGGACUGGGAUUGCGCCUGCGCUGCAGGUUGCGUCGAGUCUUCUCGGUGGUGAGGGGAAAGAGAGGGCGGAGAUCCUGUGGGCUGUGCGACGGCGGGAGGAGACGCUGGGGGCGAUGGCGGAUGAGGUUGCGCGCCUGGUGGGGAGGGUGGAUCCGCGCGGGGUUGGGAGGCUGGUGGUGAGGGUGUUUGUGGAUGGGGAGGGGGGCAUUGGGGUGAGGGAUGUGGAGGCGGCGGUGGGCGGUGGGGCGAGGGUGUUUGUGUCCGGGCCGGAGGGGUUUGUGGGUUGGAUUGCGGGACCGAAGGAUUUUAGGGAUGGGAGGGAGGAGCAGGGCCCUGUGGGGGGUAUGGUUGGGUCGGUUCUGAGGAAGGGCGGGGAUGUGGAGGUGUUUAAGCUGUAG